AUGAGUGAAUCCGGUGUGUACUAUGUCGUUCCCGACAAACGGAGUGGUGCGAAGAAGCUCGUGCGAAGACAUCCACCGCCGUUGACGACAGCACCUCUCGACGACGACUUCGACGCCGUAACCCAGACACAGGCGUACACCGUCAUCACCCCUACAAUAGAGCGUAUCGAGAACGAGAGCUACUACAGCCACUACGGAUACGACCGCGACGGACAGACUAGCGUCCCGUUGGAUGAUGAUUUCGAUGCAGUGACGUACGAGCCUCCCACGACUGUGAGGGAAGAGUGGCGGGAAGACCACGGCGGUUCGCAGAGCCCAUCUCCUCCUCGCCGGACAGAUGGCCGGCGACGAGGCUCGGGGGGAAGUGGGCAGGGCGAUGGGAGUGGGUGGGAUGCGGAGAGGGACAGGGUACAGAGAUACAUGCGCGGCACGGAUUUUGUCAGGAGCAGGACGACAUCCGAGAUUCAACGACGACCCCAGCCGCCUUCCAUCGGUACAUCAAAGAGCCUACUACCCAGCAGAAAUACCAACACCGCUGUGUCCAAGCCGUCGAGACUCGGCGAGCAAUUCGAGAUGGUGCGGCGGAAAAUCAUCGAGGACAGCCCACAGAAGACGGUAACGAUUUCGAUGUGGCGGGAGAACGUUGCUGACGAGGCGGGGGGUGAAGUAGGGAUGAGCGUGUACUACGUGAACCCCGAUGACUAUGCUGUGGAAGAAGGCGGGGACGCAAGGAGAGAAGAGGUGAUGACUGAGGUCCCUAUGCACCGUGAUAAUUGGGCAGGUCGUCGGAUAUACAAUGAUGCUAGGAAGGGGAGGGGAAGAGCGCAGUCAAUAAGUAUGGACAGGCAGUCUGUCGCUUCAUACGAUGCAGUCGAUCGCUACCGCCACGGAUCCCCUCUCCGAAAGGACAUGGACACCCGAAUGUCCACUUCCACGCCCACAAACAACUCCAGCGGCUCGCCCCCGCACCUGGGACGCUUCAGGGAAUCACCCACCAGCUCGAAUACCACAUAUUCGAAUCCCCGUCCUCGCGGCGGGUCUGGAUCGUCAACCCGCGGUGGUGGGGAGAUUAGAAAUAAAUCAAUGUCGCUGGCAGCAAGGAACAUCUUGGCGAGCUGUACGCCGCCGCUAUUGCACGUCGCACCGAUAUUGGGGGGCUUGGGGAUCACGUCGGAAGAGCACCUCCGAGCAAUGGUGCGGCUCAACGAAGAUACGAGGGAUCGGAUUGUGAGGGACGAGGCGCUGAGGAAAGGGAUUACGGUGAUGGAGUGGGCUAUACUUCUCGACAGGUUGCGAGAGUUGUGA